GAAGGCUUGGAAAAAAUUGAGGUAUGGACUGUUGGUGGCCGGUAGUCUUGGAACAGCUGCUGUUGUGUACGGCUCGGCUACUGGUCAUGAGGGAUUGUACAAGUCAGUGUUGAUGCCAGCUGUUAGACUGGUUGAUCCAGAGCAAGCUCAUGUGCUGGCAGUAAAGUUGGCUGCUUGGGGAAUGAUACCGAGAGAUAAAAGUGUGCCAGAUAAGAUUUUGGUAAGUAAAACGUACCAAAUGCUGCUUUUCCCAGUCAGGUCGAAAUGUAUAUGUAUAUAUGUAUAUGUACUGGUUAGAACAUGAGCGGCCGAUCUUUAUCAGAUGCGAAAAAAAACGACCCAUCUUAUGAGUUCAUUGGCGGAGUAAUUUUAAAAAUAAACAUUUUCUCAAUCAAAGCUGAAGUAUAUGGCAUGAAUACCUAGACAUGAUCCUCUUCUUCAAAAUCACACACGGUUUGGUGGAAAUGUCUGCUCUUCCUGACAUUCAUAUUAUGCAAAGAACGACACGAUCAUCAGCAAGUAAUAACGCUAAAUAUGUCGUCCGCAAAUGUAAAACCAAUACCUACCAGCAGUCGUUUUUUGUCAGAACGUGCCGAAUAUGGAACGCUCUCGUAGAUGAACUAAAUUAUGACACGAACUGCUUCAAUUCCUUUAGAUCAGCCUUACUGGAAUACUAUCACAAAUCUUUAGAAGUUAAUUAUAAUCCUGAUAAUCCUCGAACAUUUAAAACUAUAUGCUUGAAAUGUAACUCUGUACGAAGUCUUACAUAUCCGAUAUCCUGCUGCUUUUAGUAACUAAUAUUGUUUGUUCGUAGGUUUGUUAGUCUGUCCAGUUGAAUGUCUGUUGUUUGUUUGAUUGUAUCCAAUUGGGCCCGCAGUAAUUGGCAAUAAGCUGUUGCGGUGUCCCGGCCACUCUGUGUAAUUUUAUGCCGGCAAAGUUGAUAAAUAUAAAUAUAAUAUAAAUAUAUGCAUGUAAAUCAGAACAAAUCUUUAUCUGAUUUACAAACAUUGAUUAAACAUUCAUUUCUUUUGUAUUUUCCUCACGCAUUAUUAAUGAGUAUUCUAAGUACUAUUUAAAACAUGAGCGGCCGAUCUUUAUCUGAUAUACAAGUAAUAAAUUUUCUUAAUUUUUUAUUUUUCAAAUUUCUUGAUUUUCUUAAUGUUAAGUGUGAUUUACGCAUAAUUUUUUCGUGAUUUACUGCAUAAUUUUUUCAUGUAUAUUAUUAAUAAGUAAUUGUAUCGUUUCUCGUGCAAUUUGAACAACAUACACUCGUGAGUUUUUCAAACCCUUUGGACUCGUGCAAUGGACCAUUUGCAUUAUAGACUAAAUUUUGAUCUAGACAAAAAUUUCAUCAUAGCUUGAAAGAGCAUCACAAAAUUAGUAAUAUUCCAAAGUUUCGUUGCGAAAUGUUGUAAAAUGCGGAUAAUAUAGCCAUGCGAAGUUUGCCGUUUUUCAGUCAUUUUGUAUUACGUACGGGAAAUUGACAGCCCGAUCGGGUGUUGGGGCAUCAAUUUCCCGUUUGUAGUACAAACUGACUGAAAAUUGCAAAUUUCGCAAGGCUAUAUUAUCCGCAUUUUACAACAUUUCGCAACGAAACUUUGGAAUAUUACUAAUUUUGUGAUGCUCUUUCAACCUGUUAUGAAAUUUUUGUCUAGAUCAAAAUUUAGUCUAUAAUGCAAAUGGUCCAUUUUGAUAGUCUUUGAAAAGCUCACUCGUGCAUAUUUUUUUUUCAAAUGCACUCGAAACAAUACUAUUACCUCUACAUGUAUCAUUUUCGCACAAAAUUUCCAUCAUAUAAUGGCAUCAUAUAUAAUUUCUCACAAUUUCCAUCUAUUACUAUAAUUACCUUUGCACAGCAUGCAUGUUAAAUUGAAAAAUUAACUAGGAAAAUCAAUUAUGCAUAAUUCAAAAUCAGUAAACUCAAUGUUUCCAACAAUAAAAAUUUUUUAAAAUGUUAAAAGCAUUAAGUUUACUAAUCUUGAAUUAUGCUUAAUUGAUUUUCCUAGUUAGUUUUUUUUUCAAUUAAAAGGCCUGAAAUGUGCCUUAAAAACCAUCAUUCAAAAGGCUGAACCGUGCCUUUAAAACAGGAAUCCAAAGUUUUUGGCAAAGUGUUUCUCAAUCCUGUGGGCCUUGCCGCUGGUUUUGACAAGCAUGGUGAAUGUAUGGAUGGCAUGUUUAAGAUUGGCUUUGGUUUUGUUGAGAUUGGUAGCAUCACACCACAACCUCAGUCUGGGAAUGAUAAACCAAGAGUGUUUAGAUUGACUGAAGAUCAAGCUAUUAUUAAUAGGUAUACUAUAUUAAAAGACUAGAGUAUUAUUUAGAAUGAUCUAUUUAAAAACACUGUAGUGUUGCUAUUUUUAGUACGUUAUUUGCGCCUGGGUACGAGGCUGGCUCUGUCACUGAAAAUCUGCUUUCCAAGUUCUCAAAAUAGAACAUGCUUCCAAACUAUUAUAUUAUUUAGUUGCUAUGAGCUCAAAAGUUCACUACAUGUAAGAGGUUUUCAUUACCCAUGCAGGGUCUGAAAAAUCCUGGCAUACCAGGAUUCAAAGGUCUAGUAUCCCAUCUGAGAACCCAUUAUCCCACUUCUGGAUACUGGUUACCAUCCCUGAGCCAUUAAAGUAAAUAUGCAGCACAUGUCUCUCAUUGUUAUAAAUUACAAUAACAACAGAAGAUUCAACUGUCAACAACUGCCUAUUUGCCAGGAGCCGGUUGUUCAAAGGUGGGUUAGCGCUAAUCCUGGGUUAAAAUUUAACCUGCUGUUUUAGUUUAUGUAUUUCUACACGUCUGUUUAUUUCAAAACUUCAGAGAAGUACGUAAACUCCUAUCGAUUCAGACAAGAUCUCUAAAGAAAUAUUUCCAAAUUUAUAGACAAGCUGUCGGGAAGUUUGCUUUGAUGAACUUUAGGUUAAGGUUACAGGACACCCUUUUUGGCGUUUUGCGGAAAAUCGCUACUGCGCGCUCAAUAUCAGUUCGAUUUUCAUCAAAUUUUCACCAAAUGUUCUUCAGUGCAUGCAAAAUAUGGUAAAGUUGUAAAAUUAACAAGCAAUAAAAUAAUGUAAGAAUUAUUCAGGAAAAUCUUAAAUCGCGGUACCGUUACGCUUUUGAGUUAUGUUCCUGCUGGUUUUAAGUUAUAUUUAUGAAAAUAUCAUUUUUAUACAGUAAAAUAGUUGUUCUAAAAAAUUGUGUUCGGAAAUUUUUGUUUAUCUCGUCAUUUCGCUGAUAUGGCGAUUUCUUUGACGACUGCAAUAUAUUUCUGAAUUGUUUGAGUGAAUUGCUCUUUAUUUUUAAAAUAUCCAAAAUAAAAAGAAAGCCGAACACCAUUUUGAAACUGACGUAUUUAGCUAUGCCCUGUGAAAAUUUGAGAAAAAUUGGUUAAAACCCGCAGGAGCAUAACUCGUUUGAAAAUCAGUAAUUAGCGUAAAAUGUUUCGUGCGAAAAUUGAAUUUGAAUAUUACAUUUUCAAUGUUUUUCUUAUUGCAGCGAAAUGUAUUUUAUUAAAUAACUCUGCGAGUUUUCAACAUUUUUCGUUCAAACUUGGUCAGAUAGUAGAACUAGUCUAAUGCUUUCAUUGAAACCAAUAAAAAAAUUUUAGGCAAAAUUAACACUCAAAGGUGUUCUGUAACCUUAAACCUUGGGUUAGUGCUAACCCACCUUUGAACAACUGGCCCCAGAGGAAUACGUGCAUCUUAUGGCAGAUGACGUCAUCCCUUGGGUAUUUAAGAAGCCACAUUGCAACUUUAGAUCACCCCUGAUGAAGACACUAGACUAGCUGGAGUGUCGAAACGUUGGGUCCUGAUUACAAUUCUACUGGGCUUUGUAAUCAUUUAUUUAAACCAGAGUAGCAAGCGAAAACAUGACUGAUAUAAUACCUGGUUGCCGUGAACGAACAAACUUUAAAUAGAUGACCAAGUUAGAAAUCAAAGGCUGCACGUUAUCUUCAAGAAGGCCGAAUCAUAGUAUUCAAAGCUAUUGGGAGACCACAGGAGACAUUUACUAAUUUCGCAUUAUCCUAAUGUUUGAAAUUUUGUAACAUCCAGUCGGGAUACAAGUCACACACAGUUUGGUAUCCAAAACCAAAUUUUAGUAUCCUGUGGAUAUCGGGAUACUGGAAAUUCUAGACCCUGCAUUACUUAAUUACAUAGUUCAAUGUUAACCGCACUGCACAAUGUUAGGACAAUUAACUGACUUUCGUAAUUGUCUUGAUCAAACUUGUGGAAAUUAAAAAGGCUUAGGUAGGCAAGAAUUCCUUGGGUAUCCAAAUUAGGCUAUAUCGUCCUAACAGCUUGUUUAUACAAAUUUGGAAAUAUUUCUUCAGAAAUAUUGUUUGAAUCAGUAGGAGUUUUCUUCUCUGAAGUUUUGAAAUAAACAGACGUGCAGAAAUACAUAAACUAAAACAGCAGGUUAAAUUUUAACCGGGAGUUAGCGCUUAUAACCGGACCCAUGGUAUUCGAAAUUCCAAUUCGGUAUGAUCAGGGAUACAGGAUACUGUAAAUCGCGAAUCCUGGUUGGGAAAGCUUUAAGAGUUUAUCUGUAUUUAUGUCCAGGUACGGUUUCAACAGCGUUGGUCAUGACGAGGUGGUUAAACGAUUAACAAGUCAAAGUAGAACACCACAAAGCAGUCAACUUGGUGUGCUAGGUGUUAACCUGGGCAAGAACAAGACUUCAACAAGUGCAGUGCAAGACUACGUCGAGGGUGUUGAAAAAUUUGCCACGUUUGCAGAUUACAUCACUGUAAAUAUUUCCUCUCCUAAUACUCCUGGUCUGAGGUCUCUUCAAGGCAAGAAUGAACUUUCAGCCUUACUGAAAGAGGUAAAGUAAAGCAUAUUGUCACACUACACGGCUCUUUGUAAAGGCCCGUUUCCACUCAAGAAAAUUUUCCACAGACAGAAAAUUUUCCACAGACAGAAAAUUUUCCGAAAAUAUCAUUGUUUUCAAUUUUUUUCAAAAUUGAAAAUUUGUAAAUUUUCAAUUUUUUCAAAAUUGAAAAUUUGUGUCGGCCAAUCACAUUUUGCAAAAUCUAUUUUCUUUAAUAUUUUUUUCGAGUGUAAAUUUUACGACCUAGCCAGGAGCAGUUUCGAAAAAUUCUUCUAUAGGUCCUCAGGAAUCGACCCUGCAGCCAAAAAAUAGUUAAAUAAUCCCUCCCCUCCCCUAAAAAAAUCUGAUAUGGACGAAUGUUGAAACUCUAUUUUUACUGACGGCUCACAUUUGUUCCAGGUAAUUAAAACACGUGAUAAUCUCCCAGAUAACAAGCCACCGAUCUUGGUGAAGAUUGCCGCUGACCUCACUCAAGAAGCUAAAGAAGAUAUUGCUGCAGUCAUCACGACGCCUCCCGUGAGUAGCUGGGUUCCGUAUCUGUGUGUCUAUGCGAAGCACACUGAUCUAUCUCAGGAUAUAUUAUAUACAGUAGCCCCAGCAGAAAUAUUACUCAUAACCCGAACUCUCAUUAAAAUGUAUGUCUUGCCUUUCACCUCUAAGGUCGCAGGUUCAAAUCUCAAUGAGAAUUUCUCAAUGUGACUCGAACCUAUUCUUAGUAUAAUUUCAGUAUUGAAAAAUUUCAGUAUUGGAAAAUGGCCUUUGAGCAUUCUGAUUGGCUCCCUCAGCAGUAACUCUGAGGCAAUAGCUACUGCUCAGACUGCUUUGAGCGGUGACUCAGUGCUGGAAAAUGUCCGGCAGCGCCAGCAGCACCGCUGCCAGGAAAUGUUUAACAAAAUAUCUUAGCAGGAAAUUUUCUUGCACCUUGGAGGAAAUUUUUGUUAUCUUGUAUACAGGAAUGCCAUAUAAUUUACUUAUUGUUUGAAAAUUCCAAUUCGAGCAUUUUGCCAGUCGAGAUGUGCGGUAUCGUAUGGUCCACACGUUCUCUGAAAUUUACAUAUGCAGGACUUUUAUGUAGUUGACUUACACAGGAAAUUUUAAUUUUUGAAUUUUGCUGCCAGGAAGAUAUAUAUAUUUUCUAGGCCUGCGGUGACUAUUGCUUUUCCCAAUAAAAUGGCUGAAAAUCAGACGGAAUAUUCAUAAAAUAAACACUUGUAUUAGUUGUAUUUCAGUACAAAUAAAACUUUUUCAAUACUGAAAUUAUACUAUACUAAUUAUACAAUUAGUUGCCUCAGGCUCUGCGAAUAUUACAAACCUAUAUUCACUUCGGCUCAGUGAAUAUAGGCUUGCCGCACCUCGCCUUCGACGACUAAAUUUUAAUAGAACUCGAAAGAUAAAAGGUGUACAGUAGGGCUAUAAUGUUCUGGCUAAAUUACCCAUACUAUGCUAGGUGGAUAAAUAGCCAGGCGCCUCUGAGAUUAAAGUCAAUACUAAUCAGUCUUAUAACUCAUUUAUAUUUAGUACAAAGUGGAUGGACUGAUUGUAUGUAAUACAACAACAUCACGGCCAGACUCACUACAAAGUAAACAUAAGCACGAAACAGGUGGCCUUAGUGGUAAACCUUUGAGAGAAUUAUCAACACGAACUGUCCAAGAUAUGUACAGGUUAACUAAAGGUAAUUACAUAUAGCUAGAUGUCAUUUUUGCAACACUGAUCUGGUUCCAAAUUCUUCGUUUUAAAGUUGAACAAUCUUAAAUAUUUUAAAUUCUUUUUCAUAAUAUAGUCAUGUUAUUUUUGGCAGGUCUAAACUAGGAAAUUUCUAUCGGCGCAUGAACCCCCAAUUUUUUUUAUUGUGGCUAACGCCCUAAAAAAUUGAUAUCUUCUGCACAGUAAAAUUUGGAAAAAAAAUUUAAAAAUUUAAGAUCGUCUGCACGGUAGCUAUCGUCUUUCUCUAAUCUCACCAGUCUAAUUUUUAAAUCGCCUUUUCCUAUCUUACAGGGGAGCUUCCUAUUAUCGGUGUUGGUGGGAUCGCGAGCGGCCGUGAUGCUUACGACAAAAUCCGAGCAGGAGCGAGCUUAAUUCAAAUCUAUUCGGCGAUUGCUUACGAAGGCUUCCCGAUCGUGAAGAAGAUAAAACGAGAACUAACAGAAUUAUUAAGGUGAUAAAAUAGCUCCAAGUUCUCUAUGAUCAAAAACUGUUUUGCUUUGAAAAUUUGCUUUGAAUAUAGCUAACGGUUAUGCAGCGUUUUGUACAUACAUAAUAUUUCCAGACUAUCCCGUUAAUAAUCUGUGCAGAAACUAUAGCUUAUAUUUCCACGCAAAACUAGCUUCAUAGUAUUCUAACACUGCAGGGCAGUACAACGAUCUGAUCCCAUGUGAAUCAUAGACGGAUGUUUUCGGAUUUUGCUUGUGGGGAGCGGUGUGAAAAAUCCAAACAUUCAAGUGGGCAGGUGACCGAGGGGGAGCGCGUAUCACCGCCGAGCAAGCAGCAACCAUCUGGGGGGUUUCUGGGGGCACAUUCGCUGGUGGGAAUAGAGUUGGGGUAAGGGAAGUCCCCGGGAAAUUUUUGAUGUUAUUUAGUUCAAAAUUAUUAUUUCAAUCAUACUCUACUGUCAUUUAUUCCAACGAGCAUUUAAAUUUAUGGGGUGUGUGCAAAUUUCUCUGAGCUGGUGGGAAAACUUCCUUUGGGGGUGCAAAUGUGGGGGGGGGGUUGCGCACGCCCUGAUUGCUGCAAUAGGAAGGUGAAAGGGCACAUACAAUAACUACUGUAUUUGUUGAUGCUUGUGAUGUUACUCUGAGUGUAUAUCCAGACCGGGCAAGCUUGAAAAAUGUGCCUGGCCACGCUGUCUACUGUAUUUGUUUCUUCCAGGAAAGAUAACUUGACGUCCGUGUCAGAUGCUGUUGGACUGGAUGUAGACGAAAGAUGAUAUACUUAUAAGGUUUGAAAACAGGAAAAAUCAUCAAUUUUGACUAGAAAUUAAAUUAGAUUUAUAGUUAUAGGCGGAAUUCGGAAAUGCCAAAAGUCUGUAUGUACAGAUCGGUGAUCACAGUUCGACCUCUCGAAGAAAAGCUUCUAAAAUAAUCCCACUCAACUAACGCUUAUAUUUAUGUGGAACACUGGUAGCUAGCAAUUGUAGUAUUUUUCGGUCUAUUUAGUAUUUAUUAAAAUCAAGUAUGACAAAGUACAUGUCCCUUAUAUACAUGCCGCAGAAUUAGCAAAAUUUCAUUUUUGCUGGGAUUUGCCC